AUGCGCUGGGAAUAUAAAGAAGAGAACUCCUUCGAUAAGAGGAAAUCAGAGGGCGAUAAGAUUCGAAAGAAAUAUCCUGAUCGUGUUCCAGUUAUUGUAGAGAAAGCCCCAAAAGCCAGAGUUGAAGACCUUGACAAAAAGAAAUAUUUGGUCCCGGCUGAGCUGACAGUUGGCCAGUUCUACUUUUUAAUUCGAAAACGAAUCCACUUGAAGCCUGAAGAAGCUCUGUUUUUUUUUGUGAACAAUAUCAUCCCGCCAACCAGCACAACCAUGGGACAACUCUACCAGGAACAUCACGAAGAAGAUGCAUUCCUCUACAUAGCAUACAGUGAUGAAAGUGUUUAUGGCAACUAA